CUUACAGAAAUGUGUUUUUCUGUUUUGCAGUUUUUGCUUCAUCUGUGCAGUUGCAUUGCUAAGCAAAGUGUCUAUGCAGGCCCAAUUUGAUGGUGUUGUUGAAGGUGUUACUGGGGGUUUCGUUAUCCUACCAUGCCCUACCAAUAGUACGGAUGAGCUGAAAACUGAAGACAUUACUGUGCAUUGGAGACACAAUGAUGUCAAAAUUGUGUGCGACAUAAUUAAUGGAGAAUAUUCAGGCAGUGACCAGGAUCCAAAGUACAAAAGCAGAGCUGAAACUUUCCCUAAUGAGUAUAAGAAGGGAAACUUCUCUCUCAAACUCACAAAUCUUACACGUGCUGAUGGAGGAGAUUACCAGUGCUUCAUCAUAGAGCCUACAUCUAAACUUGUGGCCAUACAGCUGAUUGUCAACGAAUCAACAGCACAUAAUGAAAAGCAAUCAACAGCACAUUCGGAAGAGCAACCAACAGCAGGAAAUGAAAAGAAAGAAAAAGAAACACGAACAAAAUGUAUAUUAGUUGUUGUUUUUUGUGCUGUCAUGUUAUGUGUUUUGAUCUGUGUUGCACUAUUUCUGAGGAAAAAGUGUGCUAAAACCACUAAAUCAGGGACAUCUGUUACUGGAGGCCUGUCCUGUGGAGAUUCGAAAUCUGAACCAGCUACUAUUAAUCAUCAGGAUUACUCCGUGCUCCAGACUAACACCUAAAGUAUACUUAGAUUUUUAUGUGGACACUAACAUUGGUGUGUAGCCAUGUGCUCUUGUGUGCACAUAAAAAUGAAGUAUACUUUGUGUUUAACAUGAGAUCAGUGGUAAUGUUUAGAAUGUUGUUGUUCUUAACAUUAGUUAUUUCAGCAAUCCUUUUGUUUCUAGUAGUUUUAAACUGCUUAAAGCAUGACAAUCCAUUAUAUGAUUUAAUUAGAUUUAUAAGGCGACCCAUUGCGCUUUCUGAUGGUUUGGGCUUUAGAAAUUUGUCUGCGUUACACUGUUUGGUCUGCAGGUCAGUCUACUUGCCCCGGUUGUGCUCUCAGUCUUUGCACACAAGUGGUUCCAAUGGAUGGUGCUUUUGGAUCAUAUGGUUUGUGAUGUUUUACACAAAAGAAACUAAAAUGGCAGCUUAAGGUCCUAUUAUGUGGAGAGUUUAAAGGAACACGCCCAUAUUUUGAGAUUUUAGCUUAUUCACUGUAUCCCCCAGAGUUAGAUAAGUCUAUACAUACCUUUUUAAUCUGUGUGCA